UAUGCACAGCAUGCACAGAUAUGUGCCACAUGUACAAUAACACAACGACAGUCAUUCUUUCUCGUGAAUUUAAAGUGUGCUGUCAUUCUUUAAAAUUCCCAAGAAAACCACCGCACCUGGUCAUACGCUAAACGACGCUAACGAGAGCUGUACAAUAUAAGUUGGGUACAAUCUCUGAUGUAUCCACGUCAGCAAUACUCGUCUUUACCAAUAAGUUCGCCAAAUUUAAAGAGAAAAAUGGAAAAACUUGGUGCGGAAGAAUCUCUUUUGAAAAAGUACCUGAGAAUAUUUGCAGUCGUUACAGUAUACUGGGCUGUGUCGAUUUCAUUAGUUUUUAUCAAUAAAGCUCUUUUAAGUGGAAGCACCAAUGGAACAACAGUGGAUGCCCCACUGUUUGUCACUUGGUUUCAAUGUGUUGUCACAGUCGCCCUAUGUGCCAUUCUAGCAUUUGGGGCUAAGUUUUUCCCAAACUUUGGAAAAUUUCCAGAACUUGGCUUCGAUGUACAAGUUAUGCUCAAAGUUCUUCCAUUGUCUUUGGUAUUUGUCGCCAUGAUUUCCUUCAACAAUUUGUGCUUGAAAUAUGUUGGUGUGGCAUUCUACUAUAUUGGAAGAUCACUAACUACAGUCUUCAACGUUCUCAUGACAUGGAUCUUGUUGGGAGAAAAAACAUCUUUUAGUGCCCUCAUCUGUUGUGCCAUCAUUGUCGGGGGUUUCUGGCUGGGUGUCGACCAAGAGGGUGUUGCUGGAUCCCUAUCGAUAUCGGGAACCAUUUAUGGAGUACUCGCCUCCCUGUUCGUAUCGCUCAAUUCCAUCUAUACCAAAAAAGUAUUGCCAUUCGUCGACCAAAGUAUUUGGCUGCUGGGUUAUUACAACAACCUGAAUGCCUGUCUCCUAUUUUUGCCAUUGAUGUUGCUCAAUGGGGAAUUGCCGACGUUGAUGGCAUUCGAGGGCUACAGUAAUUUGACCUUUUGGACAAUGAUGGUCGCGGGGGGUGUUUUCGGUUUUGCCAUCGGCUACGUCACUGGUCUGCAAAUUCAAGUGACCUCACCCUUAACACACAAUAUCUCCGGUACGGCAAAGGCUUGUGCUCAGACGGUGCUGGCCACCUAUUGGUACAGCGAAGUGAAGCCGUUCCUUUGGUGGAUAUCCAAUUGGGUAGUACUCUUCGGCAGUGCUGCCUACACUCGUGUCCGGCAGCAAGAAAUGGAGAAAAAUCACAAAUCCAAAGUGAUUGCUUCAUAAAGUUUUAAAAAAUGAAAAUUAUUAUUUUCUUGAGCUUAUUGUUACAUUUCUUUUUUAUUAUGCUUAACCAUUAAAUUAUCAUUUUUCAUGUUGACAAUUUCUGUCCUGUCCAAUCAAAAAAAACGUCAAGAUGAUGCAUUAAUAAUAAUUGAUUUUUUUCAACAUUCUA